GUAAAAACACAGCCCCGCCUUCAAGACGGUCUCAGAAGCGCAGAAAAAAAAAAUACCCAAUGAAAUAAAUAUUAAAUUUUAGCUUAAGCUUUCGCCCUUAAAACGAAACGAAACGCACAAAAAACAAGCCAAAUCAUAUCGAAAUAAGUAAUUGUUUAAGUAAUCACAAGGAAUUGGAGAGAACAACAACAGCAGAAGCCAAAUAUUACUGUAAGGAAAUCCAUAAUUAUUCCAAGGAGAUACAGGUUCAAAUAUAAUACUGUAUACACGCGGAGGUUCCCAUACGGUGAUAGCACAUAUUGUGUGAGGGAAAAAUGCUCUCCAGUGCGUCUACUCCAUCAACAUCAGCUCCUGCAUACCGGAGAAAGCAACAGCAACAGCAGUAUCCGAGUGACCAUUGAUGCCAAGCGCCUGAGUUGGGGAACAAGUGGAAGCAAGUCGUUAGCCCCCGGCUGUGGAAAGGGAGUUCCUGAGCAGCGAGGAAGCGAAAUCCGUUGCCUUGGCGCCUCCGCGCUGCGCGAUGCAAGGGAACAGCAGCCGAUCCACGUUAAGCGCACAAUCCUCGGGCACACCGUCGGCCUCCACGAUAUCCUCGUCGCAGGGAAAGCAACAAGUUGUCGAACUAUCAGGCUAUGUCAUCAUACUCGUCGAGAAUGUGGAGGGGAAGAUUAAACUAUAUGGCUCACCGCCCGAUCGCGAUAAUCUGGAAGUGGGCGAUGAGAUACUCGAGGUUAAUGGCCUUUCCCUGGAGAACAUAUCGCGCACGGAGGUCAUACGCCACAUACACGAUUGCAUCAAAUCCUGUACGAUCUGUUUGCGGGUGCGCAAGAAGAAUGAUUCCCGAUUGGCCUGGGAUAUUGGGAAUUCGGUGCAGGACGCGUUUGUCAUUGCCGUCGAGGAGCACGCCCGGGAGCGACUGCAGCGAUUGGCGGCUCUCAAUCGAGUGACGCCCGUGGACAUAACCCAACUGUCGAAGAAGCUGCAGCAAAGCGGAAAGAGCGGCACAACGACAAGCCAGAAGCCGCAGGACCUCAGUUUCCUGAACGACUCGACGCCCAUCUAUGUGACGUCCUUCACCAGCAACCAGAUCACGUGCUGCAGCUCCACCAUGACAACGGCCACGGCGGGCGGCCCCAUCUCCGCCCCAAUGCUGGCACCCACCACAGCGACCUGCACGAUGCCUACGCCCGCCGUGGAGCAGCAGGCGGCCAGCCAGGGGGCCUCCGCGCUGGUAAGUGCCGCUGUGGCAGCGGCCACCGCCGCCGAUCGCAAUGCCAACAGUACCACCGCAGCGGCCCUCAAGCAGCAGAGGCAGAAGCAGCUUCCGAAGUCCGCGUGCAACACCGCCACAGCGAUCAGCGCCAUCGCGACAAGCAGCUCGACCAGCAGCGCCACCGGACACAUCUACCAGGCGAGCCAGGCCCAGCAGCAGCAGCUGCAGCAGCUCCAGCAGCAGCUGGCGGCGGCCGCCGCUGCGGGGAAGCCCCUCCAGGCCAAGUCCCUGCUCGCGACCAGCCUCCAGCAUCUGGCCGAGGAGGUGGACAACGAGGACCUCGACGACGACGACGACGACGUGGACGGGGCCAACUAUUGCGGCAUCACCUACAUCUCGUACAACAACAAGCAUGCCCAGCUGCCAACGACGACGCUGCCGGCCAGCACGACGCUUCCGGCGGCGGCGGCCACCCUUGCCACCACGGCGGCGAUCCACCAGCAGCGGCAGACGCACGCCCAAACCCACGCCCAGACCCACAGCCGCCCUGCCCCACUGCAGCUGUGUGCCAGCGAUGUCCAGUUCGUGGAUGCCGGCACCUCGACGUCGCCCCUGCUGGCCGCCACCAGCAUUGUGACGGCAGCGGACAUCGCCUUGCCGCCGAGCGGCGGCCAUCUCCACGGCACAACGACGCCCAAGACCGAGUACUCGACGGCCAUUUCCAGCGGACAGUUGCAGCAGGCCUUUGCCGAGCUGCAGUUGCAGUACUCCACCAAUAACAACACCUCACAGCAGCAGCAGCAGCAGCAGCAGCCACAGACCCAGACACAUUUCCAUCAGCAACAUUUAAUUUUAAGCAACAACAAUAAUAGCAAUAAUUCAAUCGCAUCCAGCGGCAUCACUACAGCAGCGGCCACAGCGGCAACAGCGGCAGCCACAGCGGCAUCCGUGAUGAAGAAUUGUGAUCUACUGAUAGCCAACAAUCUGUAUCCACCGAGACGAGAGUUACUAGAUGACGUCAUUGUUCAUCAAUCCAGCGAUGUCCAUGCAUACAACACCAAUGUAGCGACAGCGACAGCGACAGCCAACAGCAGCAACAAUCGAUCCCAGCAACAGCAGCAGCAGCAGCAGCAAUUGCUGAGUGCCGCCUACGAGCAGCAGCAGCAACAACUCUUGCAACAGCAGCAGCAGCAGCUGCAACACAGUCCCACAAGUAGCAUAUCAAUAGGAAGAACAGAACUGUUAUUGGGUGAUCAGAGUCUGCGGCAGGACUCCAGCAGGAACCGCCGGCGCUCCGGCUCAAGCAUAGUUGUCCUGGACGGUGAUGAUCUGAAGCCAUGUCUCCCGGAUGAUUAUAUAAGUGGACAGCAUCAUCAUUUACAACAGCAACAGCAGCACCAACAGCAUCCACACCAGCAGCAGCAGCAACAGCAACACCAGCAGCAACAGCACUAUCGCACGCAUUCGAGCGACAUAAGAGAGAUUGACCAGGAAAUGCUGACCAUGCUGUCCGUGAAUCAAGAUAACGGACCACAUCGUGAGAUGGCCGUCGAUUGUCCGGACACGUUCAUAGCGCGCAACAAGACGCCACCCAGAUAUCCGCCACCCCGUCCACCGCAGAAACACAAAACCACCAAGAAAACCAACACCACCACCACCACCACCAAGAACACCACCACAACCACCACCAUAUCGACAUUCCAUAAUGAUGAUCGUGCUAACAAACUGUUAAUUGUUGCAUAUCAUUCUUCACAUCGACAUGAACAACAACAACAACAACAACCACAACCACAACAACAACAUAAACACCAUCAUCAACACACAUCAACAAUUGUUGCAACCAUCGAUGAUGAUGUUGCCACACAAAAUCUGUACAAUCAAAAACAACAAAAUAAAUUGGAACAAAUCGAAAACUAUGAAAAUUGUCUACAAUCGGAACAACAACCACCACAACCACAACAACAGACAGCAGGGGCAGCUGUAGCAGCAAAAGCAACAACAGCAGCAACAACAACCACAAACACAACCACACAAGUGGCAGAGCAGCAGACGCCAUGCAACAAUAAAAUGCAACAAAAGACAACGACCAACAGCAGCAACAGCAACAGCAACAACAACAGCGGGAGCGGUAGCGGUAACGGUAACGGCAGCAGCAACAUGACAGAUGACUUCCUCUGCGUGGUGGAUGGCGGCCUCUAUCGCAGCCAGGACUCUGGCUCGCCCACGUCGACAGGCACCUUCGACGAGGUCCUGAGCAAGCAUACCCUGGACUCCUUCGGCAGCAUUGCCUACCGCCACUUGCACCAGCAGCAGCCCCAGCAACAGCAGCAGCAGCAACAGCAAGCGACGAGUAACGGCAACAGCAACAGCAACAGCAGCGGAUGUGGAAGUGGAACCACUGCCACGCCUAGCAAGGGGCAGACGCCUGUGGAUGAUCAGACCUUGGCCAGCAGCAACAAGUGCCACACAAGCAACACAAGCAACAGCAAUUCGCUGAACAGCAGCAACAGCUCCAUGCACACCAGCAACAGCAGCACCAGUCACAUUGCAAGUGCCGCCUCCUCCUCGCUGACGGCCCCCACCAGCAUUAGCAACAGCAACAACAGCAGCGGGGACAGCAACGGGAGCAGCUCGACCGUGCCCGAUGACCUAAGCCUUGCCCCACCCGGCUAUGAGCCAGUGGUGGCACUGCUGCCGCCCCUGCCACCGAUGACCAAGCACCGGGAGCUGCCCGUCGAUGUGCCUGACAGCUUCAUUGAGAUCGUGAAGACGCCGCCGCGAUAUCCGCCGCCGGCACAUCUCUCCUCGCGCGGAUCGCUGCUCUCCAAUGGCAGUGCCUCCACGGCCCAGACCACGCUCUCCUCGCUGCCUCCUGCCACUGUUGCCGCUGUGGGGCCUGCCACUGCCGCUGUCGCUGCCACUGCAACUGCAACUGCUGGUGGCGGUGGGAGUGUCAGUGGCAUAGGCGGCGAUGCGAAGCGGGUGUCUGAUGAGCUCAAUGGCAAUGCCAAGCCCGUGCCACCGCCCCGAGAUCAUCUACGGGUGGAGAAGGACGGCCGGCUGGUCAACUGUUCGCCCGCCCCCCAACUGCCGGAUCGUCGGGCAGCGGGCACCGGCAACGGCAGCAGUGGCAGCCACAGUCAACAACACCACCUGCAGCAGCUGCACCACCAACAGCAACAGCAGCAGCACCUGCACCACCAGCAGCAGCAGCAGAUUGCCCAGAUUGUGGAGCCCACGCUGGAGCAGCUGGACAGCAUCAAGAAGUACCAGGAGCAACUGCGCCGCCGACGCGAGGAGGAGGAGCGCAUCGCCCAGCAGAAUGAGUUCCUGCGGAACAGUCUGCGCGGCUCUCGCAAGCUGAAGGCGCUCCAGGACUCGGCCACGCCCGGCAAGGCCAUCGCCAUGGCCCAGCAGCAGCAGCCGGCGCCGACGGGACUGGCAGCCAUGCCCAUGCCCGCCGGAGUGGAGAACGAGGCGUAUCUGCCGGAUGAAGAUCAGGCGCAGCCACAGCUGCAGCCGCAGCCAGAGCAGAUCGAUGGCUACGGCGAGCUGAUCGCGGCCCUCACCCGCCUCCAGAGCCAGCUGAGCAAGAGCGGGCUCAGCACGCUGGCCGGACGCGUCUCGGCAGCCCACAGCGUUCUGGCCAGCGCCAGUGUGGCCCACGUGCUGGCCGCCCGUACCGCCGUCCUGCAGCGCCGACGCCCCCGCGUCAGCGGCCCGCUGCACCACAACGCCCUCGGCCUGCAGAAGGACAUCGUGGAGCUGCUCACCCAGUCGAACACCGCGGCGGCCAUUGAGCUGGGCAACCUGCUCACCAGCCACGAGAUGGAGGGCCUCCUGCUGGCCCACGACCGCAUCGCCAACCACACGGACGGCACGCCCUCGCCCACGCCGACGCCCACACCCGGCGGAGGAUUGGGUUUGAUGGGAUCGAUGAGCGGAGCCAGCAGUCCGGUGUCAGCGGCGAAGAGAGCGGCGAUGGGCGGUGGGGUGGUGGUGCCACCACCGGUGGUCCCCGUCCCGUCAACGCUGGCGCAGCGCGGAGCAAUGCCGCUGCCGCGGGGCGAGUCGCCCCCACCGCCGCCGCUGCCAAUGCCAAUGCCCAUGGCCAUGCCGAUGAGUGCCUGCUUUGGAACGCUCAACGACCAGAACGACAACAUCCGAAUAAUCCAGAUCGAGAAGUCGACGGAGCCGCUGGGCGCCACCGUGCGCAAUGAGGGCGAGGCGGUGGUCAUUGGGCGGAUCGUGCGCGGCGGAGCCGCCGAGAAGUCCGGCCUGCUCCACGAGGGCGACGAGAUCCUGGAGGUGAACGGCCAGGAGCUGCGCGGAAAGACUGUGAACGAGGUGUGCGCCCUGCUCGGUGCGAUGCAGGGCACGCUGACGUUCCUCAUCGUGCCGGCGGGCAGUCCGCCGUCCGGGGGCCUUGGGGGCCUCGGCCUUCCCGGCAGUCUGGCCGGCAGCGGGGGACCCGGCUCAGGGCUGGGGGCACACCGGGACACGGCCGUUCUGCAUGUACGGGCGCACUUCGACUACGACCCGGAGGACGACCUGUACAUUCCGUGCCGGGAGCUGGGCAUCAGCUUCCAGAAGGGCGAUGUGCUGCACGUGAUCAGCCGCGAGGACCCCAACUGGUGGCAGGCGUACCGCGAGGGCGAGGAGGACCAGACGCUGGCCGGCCUCAUUCCUAGUCAGUCGUUUCAGCACCAGCGCGAGACCAUGAAGCUGGCCAUCGCCGAGGAGGCGGGCCUGGCCCGCUCCCGUGGCAAGGAUGGGGCCAGCAGCAAGGGUGCCACCCUGCUCUGUGCGCGCAAGGGCCGCAAAAAGAAGAAGAAGGCCAGCUCCGAGGCAGGCUAUCCCUUGUACGCCACGACGGCGCCGGACGAGACCGAUCCGGAGGAGAUACUCACCUACGAGGAGGUGGCCCUGUACUAUCCGCGGGCCACCCACAAGCGGCCCAUCGUCCUGAUCGGACCGCCCAACAUCGGACGCCACGAGCUGCGCCAGCGCCUGAUGGCGGACUCUGAGCGCUUCUCCGCUGCAGUGCCACACACAUCACGUGCCCGGAGGGAGGGCGAGGUGCCCGGUGUCGACUAUCACUUCAUCACGCGCCAGGCCUUCGAAGCGGACAUUCUGGCCCGUCGCUUCGUGGAGCACGGGGAGUACGAGAAGGCCUACUACGGCACAUCACUGGAGGCCAUACGAACGGUGGUGGCCAGCGGCAAGAUCUGCGUCCUCAAUCUGCAUCCGCAGAGUCUGAAGCUGCUGCGAGCCUCCGACCUCAAGCCCUAUGUGGUACUGGUGGCGCCCCCCAGCCUCGACAAGCUGCGGCAGAAGAAGCUGCGCAAUGGGGAACCAUUCAAGGAGGAAGAGCUCAAAGACAUCAUUGCCACGGCCAGGGACAUGGAGGCCCGAUGGGGGCAUCUCUUCGACAUGAUCAUCAUCAACAAUGAUACGGAGCGCGCCUACCACCAGCUGCUGGCCGAGAUCAAUUCGCUGGAGCGCGAGCCGCAGUGGGUGCCCGCCCAGUGGGUGCACAACAAUCGGGACGAGUCAUAGGGAUUCACUGGAACCAGGCCCCCCUCCACCAGCAUCCAAUCCCAACUCAAACUGCAAACGCAACUCCAACUCCUGCUCCUCCCGCAGUCUUUGUAAAUACAAGUUUCCAACGAGCCAUCAGCCAGGCCCAGGCCCAGGGUCCAGCUCCAGUCCCUCGGAGAAGUACCGCCCACACAUUGCAUAUACCGACCCCUAUAUCUCUGUAUUGUAUAUCCCCAACCCAUAAAUAUUUAUAUUAUCUGUUUGCAAAUUUCCUCGUGUUUUUUUUUUUGUAUUUUUAGUUUUACUCUUUGAACUGUUUUGAAAGCCCUCCCAUUCCCAUACCAAUUCUAUUAUAUGUCCCCCUACUAUGUACUUAUUUUAACGAAAUUGUUGUUCGAUUAACCAUUAUUGUUCCAUCUUUUUUUUUAACACUAACUUAUAUACAAUACAUAAUAUAUAGUUAUAUACAUACAUAUAUCGUACGAGUAUGCAUGUAUAUUUGUUUUUUUUUUUUUUUUUUUUGGUCUAAGCUAAGCUCCGUGCACUUCCUUAAUUUCUGAGGGCCAAUCAAAAAUGUAAAUUAGCAAAUUACAAAAAAAAAUACUAAGGCCAGAAGGGCCAGAAGCCUGAAGACCUGAACCCCUGAAGAGCAGACCCAAUAAAUUGUGUAAUAAUACUACCAUAAGCGACCACAAAACAAAAAAACAAACCAAUCGAAUCGAAUCCAAAUCCAAAAUGUUAACAGAGCCAGAACAAUCCGUACGGCGGGAAAAUAGGAAAGGUGAUGGGAGGACGGAGUGGAAGGAGUGCGUAGAGAAUCAGAUGCAUAUGUUGCAAUUACGUAAUCUAUUUACUUUAUACAGAUACCGAUAUACAUACUAUACAUAACUUAUAGACGAACGAAGAUCGAAGCUUACUUCCAAAACCAUUUAACUCUUAACGAAAGUAACGAAGUAGCGAAGCUUUGAAACGAGAGAAAGAGAGACAACAAAAUCAGUAAGUCAUUGCCAAAAAAAAACAGAAAGAGGGAGGAGGGUAAAGGAUGGGUGAUGGAUGAUAGAUGAUGAUAGAUCGAGCUAAAGGAUACACUCCACGAGCGAAACCGUAGCGAACUUUAAGCACUGUAAAAAUAAAAACCAAACAAGUAAUCGAAUGAAAAGCGAUUGAGGAUGAAAUCGAUGAUGAAAUUGAUAAUGAUGAUGAUGAUUGAGGGGCCGAAGGAAGGGAAUGGAAAAUGCAUUAGGCUAAGCAUCAAACGAAAAUACAAAAGUAAAUGUUGUUGUAAUUAAUUAUCGUAAACUAUACAAAAAAACAAACAAACAAAAAUCGUCUAGAUAACAAAGAAACGAAAGAGUAAGAGAGUUGGUUUCCCACAGCCAAACCACUAACGAGACCGGAAUAGUUGCAGGUUUUAGGCAUGAAUACAUAUUUUGAUGAAAUAUACUAUAUAGAAAUAUACACUA